UGGAACCUAUGAAUUUGUUGUUAUGAUAGGAUGUAGGAGUUGUCUACCCUUCACUCUCCGUAAAAGAAUAAGGAUGAAUACUUGGCUAGAAACAUGGAUUUAGGAACAGUAAUAAAGUCACUUUAAUGUACAUUUUUUUAAGGUUUGGGGCUUUGUUGUCGUCAAGAAUGAAACAAGGUUAAUUACUGGUUGUGCUGAUAGUGAAUUGAGAGUUUGGAAAAUUGAGUACAAAGAUGAUAGAACAGAAAAACGCGAAGAAACGAGAAAACGAAAGACAGCAACGCAAUCUAGCGAGGAUGGUGUAGGGGAAAUAGAGGAAUUGCUUUCGUGUACAAUGAUUGACUCUGUCAUGAGAAGCUCAAUUGGUCGCGUAGUGUCGCUGUAUUGCGAUCUUUCACGAACUUAUAUUGGUUGUCAUGGUGCUAAUUCUAUGUUAGAAAUGUUUCGUAUUGCAUCAGAAGACGAAAUAAAAAAACGCUUGGCAAAAAGACGAAGAAAGAUUUUAAAGAAGCAAAGAUCACAAGGAUUGGAAGCCGACGAGCUGACGGUUUCUGAAAACAUCUUAGCCACCGUCGAAGACGAGAUUAUAAAAUUACCCGAUGUUAAAGCGACCUCAAAGAUACGGUAAAAUGAUGUAUGGAGUACAAACAUUGUAAUUCGCUUGUGGAAGUCAAGCGUUUUGUGUGAGAGAGAGAAUUUUUCUUGACGUGCUUUUCUCAACGGAUGUUUUUUCUUAAAUAUAAUUAAUCAAUGUUGGUUUCUAA